AAUCUUAUGAAGGAAUUUGGAGACCAUAUGGAGGAUAAACUGAUUAGGGACCUCUCAGAGGGGAAGACGGGCAAACUGAAUGGGGAUAACUUGGACAUUCGAGUUCGAACAAAUGACAUCCGGAUGAACAACAGGGACAAGGACUAUCAUUUCUUCGCAUCCUCCUUCAUCAUCGACCGAGUUGAUGUCACCACAUACUCCGUGGCGCCCCCUGAAAUUGGCAUGGAUAUCGGCAAGGUUCUGACCUCUGCUGAAGAAAAGGGGACUUACAGGAAUGGCUUGAAGGCUCAUGAUGACUUCACAAAACUUGUGGGAAAGGCGUACUUCCUUGACUACCUGAUGGAUUUCUUCAAGAUGGAGGACAUAGAUGAUGAACCACACCAUUCUGAUAUUCCUAGCAACAUCAAACUCGUCCACAAAGAGAAGAAAGCUGCAGUUGCGUCGUCAGUAAUGGACAAGCUCUUGGAUUCAAUCCUUAACCAGUUCGACAUGCAGGACGGAGAAGACCCGGCCAGCAAGAAAAUGCACAUACAGGUUUUCUACAGAAAUGUCAUGAUUACAGACUUUGUCUCGGCGGUGACGAUGGAUGUUUGUUUCGAUCUUUCAAUCAACGUGCAAGUGUUCACGAUAAAGAUAGCAGAAGGAAAUCUCAAUAUCGGAUGUACUGUAUUACCAAUAUCAGGACUUCCCAUCAUGGUCCGGAGGGUGGCAGACAAAGUUGACCCUGUGGAUGAUCUGUCCAACUAUGUCCUGCAGUACCUCCAAUGGUACUUCAUCAUGAUACACCUGAGUGAUGCCAUACAUGAAGGAGAUGUGAUUCGCACAAAUGUGAUACUCAAGGAGAUGAUUCCAUUCUUCUAUUCACACUCCUAUCUCUCCAAGUACUUUGUGGAAUGUGUCGACUAUAUACUGAAAACCGAGGUUUUGCUGCCUCCUGCCAUUGGCAUGAGAGUGAGAGCUGCAUCCUUUGUGAGCACACAUGGAGGGAAUGGUAACAACAAACCAACAGACCUUCAGAAAGAAAAUGAGGUGAAAAUGAUCAAAGAGCUGAUAAAAGGAUUGGGUUCGAAUAAAACAGAACAGUCAAUCAUUGCAGUUUCAAAGGCUGCUCCAGUAAUGAUGGACAUUUGUGCAAACUUCGACAAGAUGCUUCAAACUCCAAAGCACGGCACUACCCACAAGAAGCGACCAGCAGAUGAAGAUUUACAAACACUUCUUAGAACUCUGAAGACGGUAAACAUUUGGGGUAAUGCCUGUCGCACUCUUCACGCCUUCAAGGGUAUUGCAAGAUCUCCCUUCAAAUUUGAUAAGACAUCGUUUUCCGUCUGUUGUACUGAAGUUGCCAGAACACCAUCAGAAACCUACAGAUGGUUUCUGAUGUCGAUGGAUUGCUUGAUUGGGAUCUACAGUGAUACUUACAGUGUAUAUUUGGGAUCAACAGUGAAACAGCUGUUCAUUUGA